AACAAUUCAAGGGCAGCGCUCAAUUCUUCUUUCCCCCUGCCGCCUGGAGAACGCUCACAUAUAACUCUUGGUUCUCGGUCUGUCCGCGUCUGAGAGUGCUUCCAGGGCCUCUAGAACUAGGGGAUAAAGCAGCCUGCCGAUCGUUCGCGGUUUCACCCUUCCAACUGCCACUCUAGCUCUCGUUCCUCGCGGAGUAAACGUACACCAUCAGAAGAAGAUACUAGGCUUCACAAUGGCUCCAAAAGCGCCCUCUCGCGAAGCCCUGACAUUGCUCAGGCACUCUAUUCGGCCGUCAAUUGCGCUGCGCUCCCGAUCACAAUGCCCUCUCAUACCCUCCGUCUCCCAGGCAUUGCCUCGUCCACACCGUUUCGCGCUCAGUCAAAAUUCGCGUAGCAUUGCGACAUAUACGCAUUCGCACCAUGCCGACGCCGUAUCCGUAAUCCCGACUGCGGUGGACACAGGCUCCGAGGACUUCAAAGAGAAUAAGAGACAAAUGGACGAGGCGAUGGAACGCUUGACAACGCUUCAUUCCAAGAUUGCGCAAGGCGGGCCCCAGAAGGCGAGGGAUAAACAUGUGCAAAGGGGAAAGAUGCUUGUUAGGGAUCGCAUCACGGCGUUGAUCGACCCUGGCACACCAUUCCUGGAAUUGAGUCAAAUGGCGGGAUACGAUGUGUACCCAGGCGAAGAGGUACCUGCAGGCGGUAUCAUUACGGGCAUUGGAACCGUGAACGGUGUUCAAUGCAUGGUUGUGGCCAAUGAUUCUACGGUCAAGGGAGGGACGUACUAUCCCAUCACGGUCAAGAAGCAUCUGCGAGCGCAAGCAAUUGCGCAGGAGAACCGCCUUCCCUGCAUUUACCUGGUAGACUCCGGAGGCGCCAAUCUUCCCCACCAAGCCGACGUCUUCCCUGACAUCAACCACUUUGGCCGCAUAUUCUAUAACCAAGCAAGAAUGUCGGGCAUGGGUAUCCCACAGAUCAGCGUAGUGAUGGGACCGUGUACCGCUGGUGGUGCCUAUGUGCCAUCCAUGAGCGACGAGAGCAUCAUUGUGGAAAACCAAGGCCACAUCUUUCUCGCUGGACCACCACUCGUGAAAGCUGCGACUGGCGAGGUUGUCUCUGCGGAAGAGCUGGGAGGCGGAAAGCUUCAUAGCGAGAUAUCAGGCGUUACCGACUAUCUAGCAGUCGAUGAUGCACAUGCGCUCGUCCUAGCCCGGAGGAGCGUCGGCAACCUCAACUGGCACCGCAAGCAGUCCGUUCUCUCGUCAACGCAGCCAACAUACAAAGAGCCCCUCUACGACACCAAAGAGCUCUCUGGCAUUGUAGGCACCAAUCUCCGCCGCCAAAUCCCCAUCCACGAAAUCAUUGCCCGCAUCGUCGACGGUUCCAGCUUCUCCGAAUUCAAACCCGCCUACGGCUCCACGCUAGUGACGGGCUUUGCCACAAUCUAUGGGCACCCUGUCGGCAUCGUGGCCAACAAUGGUAUCCUCUUCAGCGAAAGUUCCCUCAAGGGCGCGCAUUUUGUACAGCUAUGCGGCAAACGGCAGAUUCCGUUGAUUUUCUUGCAGAAUAUAAGUGGAUUUAUGGUGGGCGCUGAUGCGGAGAAAGGCGGUAUUGCGAAGAACGGUGCGAAGCUUGUUACGGCGGUUAGUUGUGUGGAGGUGCCGAAGUUUACUGUGGUGGUGGGCAGUAGCGCUGGCGCGGGCAAUUAUGGCAUGUGCGGCCGUGCCUACUCACCCCGCCUGCUCUUCACUUGGCCUAACGCUCGCACGUCCGUCAUGGGCGCCGAACAGCUAUCCUCGGUCAUGGAGGCGGUAGGCAAGCAAGCGGAUCCGGAGCUCAAAGCUAGGAUAGAACGCGAGAGCGAGGCUACGUUUGGCUCUGCCCGGCUUUGGGAUGAUGGCAUUAUUCCGCCCGAACAUACGAGGAGGGUGCUGGGUAUUGGAUUGCAGAUGGCUUGCGGAGGACAGAAUAUCGGGGUUGAGAAUGAGACUUCGUGGGGUGUAUUUAGAAUGUGAGGGGUUUCAAGAGCAGUAUAGCUGCUCAUUGC